AUUGUAGUUGCAGCAUCACAGAGAGCAGGAGGUAAGUCAGUUCAUGCUACUUUUACGCAUGAAGUUCAUAAACUUUUAUUUAUUUACAAUAAAGAAUCAUAGGUUACGAAAAAGAAUGUAGCUGUCUUAAUGAAGUCUGUAGAGAAGGAGAAAAAGACGAAGAGGAUGUGCCCUUCGUGCUGCGUUUAGGCCUAGGUACAAGGACGCAGCUUAGCCGAACGGUUAUAUAAUCACCAAUUCACUAAGGAAGCUGUUCCCUGGAGCGUAAUCCUUAGACUUUUAUUUGAUGCUUAUGAGCUUAAAAGAUGCUAGCUGUAGCUGUGAAAUGUUUAUUUGGUAGCUAAUAAAAAUGCAGGAGAAUGAAUGAGGCGUGAACCAGUCAUUCAUUGCUUAAAACCCAGCGCUGAAGUAUGUGCUUUUUUCUCCAUCGAACUGUUUUUUUUUUUAUUAUUAUUUUUUAUUUUAUUUUUUUAUAAAUAAGCGUCACGUCUUUGCAGUUAGCAGAAUACAUCAACUGGGUUAAAAAAAAAAAAGGAAACAGUGAUGUCUACGUGCCUCGCGCGCUGCUCACGAUGAACGCGCGCGCUGCGUCAUCUUUCCAGAAUGUACCAUCUGACAUGGCGGAGGGAUGGGUUUUAAUGCUCUUUUGUGCCAGAAAUACUCAUUAAGAUAGUCAAUGCGAUGUAUUGUUAAUGUACUGUAUAUUAUAAUUCCUCCAUCACUAAGUGAUAACCGAGCAGCCAUGAUGAUGAUGAUGAUGAUGAUGAUGAUGAUAAUGGUGAUGGUAUUAGAGUCUUCUUAAUCCUUCCACUUUGUCAAGAAAGUAAUAAACGUCUUGUUUUUCGCUUCUUACGUUUGUUUUCUUCUUUUUUCGUACUUAUGGAUGCUUUCUCAUCCUCCUGGAAGGUCGGCAUCCGCAGUCAAGAUCCUAACUCGCAGCAGCGACCUGUUAACCCGUAAUAAUGUCGAACUUUUGCGUCGGAAUCAACGGAUUUGGCCGCAUCGGCCGCCUGGUCCUCAGGGCCUGCCUGCAGAAAGGAAUUAAAGUCUCGGCCAUCAACGACCCCUUCAUUGACCUGCAGUACAUGGUCUACAUGUUCAAGUACGACUCCACUCACGGACGCUACAAGGGAGAGGUGCGCAUGGAGGACGGCAAGCUCGUCGUCGACGGCCAGAGUAUCUCCGUUUUCCAGUGCAUGAAGCCCGCUGAGAUCCCGUGGGGCGACGCCGGCGCGCUGUACGUCGUCGAGUCCACCGGAGUCUUCCUCAGCAUCGAGAAAGCCUCUUCUCACUUGCAGGGCGGAGCCAAGCGCGUGGUAGUCUCCGCCCCCUCCCCCGAUGCCCCCAUGUUUGUGAUGGGAGUCAACGAGGAUAAGUACGACCCCUCCAGCAUGACCAUCGUCAGCAAUGCAUCCUGCACGACUAACUGCUUGGCUCCCUUGGCCAAAGUCAUCCAUGACAGCUUCGGUAUCGAGGAGGCCCUCAUGACAACAGUCCAUGCCUACACUGCCACCCAGAAGACGGUGGACGGUCCCUCUGCCAAGGCCUGGCGCGACGGCCGCGGCGCUCACCAGAACAUCAUCCCUGCUUCCACAGGAGCUGCCAAGGCUGUGGGCAAAGUCAUCCCAGAACUCAACGGGAAGCUGACUGGCAUGGCGUUCCGCGUCCCUGUGGCCGACGUCUCCGUCGUGGAUCUCACCUGCCGUCUCUCGACCCCCGCAAGCUACUCUGACAUCAAGGAGGCCGUCAAGAAGGCUUCCCAUGGAUCUCUGAAGGGAAUUCUGGGAUACACUGAGGACUCUGUUGUGUCCUCUGACUUCAUCGGUGACACCCACUCCUCCAUCUUUGAUGCCGGUGCCGGAAUUUCCCUGAACGACAACUUUGUCAAGCUCAUUUCCUGGUAUGAUAACGAGUUUGGUUACAGCCACCGCGUCGCCGACCUCUUACUGUACAUGCACUCCAAGGAGUAAACGUCAGGCUGAGCCGAGGAACCCAGACGAGAACCGCAUUCCUUCUUUUACAUGCACUUAAGAGUCAUAGCUGAAGCGCUUAGCAUCCCACAAACUCUCUACAAGACCGCCUCGUCUCUGUAGUGAUCACUGUGUGUGUGUGUGCGCGUGUGUGUGUGUGCGCGCGUGUGUUUGUUAGUUUCUUUCCUUUCACCUGGAGGUGCUUUUGAGUUGAAUAGUGUUUGUGUCUGUGUGACCCCAUGAAGCGUUGUGCUGUAGGUGUUACCAUACUGGGUGUUACUGUAAUACUGUACCGGAUUAAUGUUAAGUUAAGUGAGGGAAAAGUUGUUCCUGUUACACAGAUUAAAAGAAACUAACUAUCAAAUAAAUAGUUUGAAAAUUA